AUUUCACCCAAUGAAAAUGCAGCGUCUGAACCAAAGGCGGGACGUGUAGGAGGAACUGUGAAGACCAGUAAUAAGAACGAGACCAGCCAAUUAGCAGCUGUCUUCCUACGUGACGUCAGCUUCCUGGUUUGGUUGCACUGCACUGUACCCAUGUGGGUUUGGUGUUGACUUGCUGCUUUAGAAAGUUAAGGAGCUAGCUCUAUCUACAUUUAUCAUUUACUUAAUCGCGUUUCACCAUGUCUUCGCCUUUCUUUAUAAAGGCAAAAGUAAACCCCAAAUUUGCCAAAAAGGGAAAACCUGCAACAGUGCUAAAACGAAAGGGUGAUGGAGACCCAGGAGGAAAGGGUAAACCAAGAGCCAAGAAACUCAUCUCCAAACACAACGAAGAGAUUUCCAGCGACUCUGAGACAGAGAGUCCUAUAGUGGCCAGGAAAAGACAGACCAUUGAAAGGGAUGAUUAUGAUGAAACACCACAGGAGAAGAAGCUUAGAUUAGCCAAACUGUACCUAAACCAGCUAAAGGAAGAAGAGGACGAUAAAGCAGAAGAUGACGCCUUUGAGACUGAUCUGGUUGCUGGAAGACUUCAAGAUGAAGUGCUUGAACAGAAAGGAAAGCUUCAGAGACUUAUUGCCAGAGAUAUCAUGGCACCAGAUGCUUCAGAGAUCAGAGUGUUGAGAGGACACAAACUUCCAAUUACCUGUCUGGUCAUCAGCUCGGAUGACAAGUACAUCUUUUCUGCGGCCAAAGACUGCUCCAUUAUUAAAUGGGAUUUUGAGAGUGGAAAGAAACUGCACACGAUACAUGGUGGAAGGAAAGGCACAGAGGAUCGGCAUGUUGGACAUACAGCCCAUAUCCUGUGUAUGGCCAUAUCAUCAGAUGGGAAAUACUUGGCCACUGGAGACGUGAACAAACUGAUCAUGAUCUGGGAGGCAAAGACAUGUAAACAUCUUUAUAAGUUCACCGGACACAAAGGCCCAGUGUCGGGUCUUUCAUUCAGAAGGGGAACUCACGAUCUGUACAGCGCCUCUCACGAUCGCUCAAUAAAGGUGUGGAAUGUGGACGAGAAUGCAUACGUGGAAACUCUCUUUGGGCAUCAGGACGCCAUCACCGGACUGGACUGCCUGAGCCGGGAGUGCUGCGUGACGUCGGGGGGGCGGGACCGCUCGGUGAGGGUGUGGAAGAUACCCGAGGAAUCCCAGCUGGUGUUCCACGGACACGAGGGAUCCAUCGACUGUAUCCAGCUAAACGAGGAGCACAUGGUUUCAGGAGCUGACGACGGCUCUGUGGGUCUGUGGAGUGUCAACAAGAAGAGGCCUCUCAGCACAGUAAAGCAGGCUCACGGUCGCCAUGGUGAAGCGGGGCUGCAGCAGGCUCAUUGGGUCUCUUCGGUGGCGGCGCUUCAGAACUCAGAUACCGUCGCCUCAGGCUCUCACAACUCGGAGGUGAAGCUGUGGAAGUGUGGCCAGAAUUACCGUAAACUGGAGCCUCUGUUCAGUGUACCAGUGUGUGGUUUUGUCAACAGUCUGAAGUUUUCCAGCUCCGGUCAGUUCUUGGUGGCAGGAGUCGGACAGGAGCACAGGUUGGGCCGAUGGUGGAGAUUAAAAGAGGCCAAGAAUGGGAUCUAUAUUAUUCCUCUCAAAAGGAAACCAACUCCAAGUCCAGAGGAAGUUAAGAUAGCUGAAUAGUGGACUGUUCAGUGACUUUUAUUUUGUAAAUUAAAGGUUAAAAAGCUGACUGUUUUGUACAUCCUCCUUGAGAAAGAAAACCCAACAUUUUGAAGACGACCCUGAUCGUUUAUACAGGUGUUUGCUGUUGGUUUGUAUCUUAGUUUUGGGAGGAGCUUUAACAGCAUUAGUGAAGCUGGACAACACCCACCGCAGCCAGCCAGUUCACCGUGCUGCCAUCGUGCACGAGAUACAGAAGACCCCCCCCGCGUACCACCGGACUACAGAGCAGCCUCUCUCCUCCGGCUGUGACAAAUGAGAGGUUUUUUGUCUUUUUUCUUAGUUAGUUACAUGUAACUUCCCCUUGUGGCACAAUCCUGUGUUAUACAUGAAAAUAAAUAAUCACUUGUAUCCUUGUAAA